AUGUUUUAUUUUUUAAAGAGAACACUAGUUGAACUUCUAAUUCUUAUAAUCCUAUUCAAUGAUGAAGUACGGACUAGUUAUGGAUCAAUCGUGAGAACAGAAUAUAACGGUCCUAAUUUACCUUCAAAUGGAUUUUCUGAACUUAAUGCGAAAAGACCAUCACCAUCGGGUGGGGAAAUAAUGAAAAGCACAUCUUUAAAUUUGAAUGAACCUAGUUGUGAGGAGUUACGUGCAAUGUGGCAAUUCUCUCGAAGACAAUCGCGAGCAUCUGAGAUUACAAAUGAAAUUCCAACAUAUCACGAUCCAUUUAAUAUGAAUAUAUGGGAAACUUAUUAUCCCACGACAACAAGGAGUUUAGGAGGACGAAGAGUCAGUCAAUCAAGAUAUCGAUCUAAUGGUCGUCCUGUAUACGGCAGGAUUGUACAUCACCAACCACCUAACACACAAAUAUCUGGUGGACGUUACUAUGAAGUUCCUACAAAUUUAGAACGCUCACGUCUCAAUUAUGAAGAUUUCCUAAACAUCAAGCCAUACAGUAGUAACGACAAUAUGGUUUUAGGAAAUCAACAGCAGCAGAAUGCAAAAAAUAUGCGAAAGCAACAGAAAGUAAGAUUUGGCAACGGAAUUACAGGAGGUAAUAGUAUAUCAAGCUCGCCAAACAUUGGACAGCAUGCAAUAUUUGGAUCAACAGGAAUUAAUUCUAUUGCUCCACAACGUGGUAGCUUUCAGAGAUUAAAAGAGCUUGUUUGGACUGAACGAGCACGAGAGUUAUCUCAACAAAGAAAGAAUGAAGAAAUUGCAGCAAGAGCAGCUAUUCUUAAAGAUAUUACCAAUGGCCAACACUAUAAAACGCCAUUAUCAUCAUCAUCAUCUUUGCCGCCAACAUCUUCACGACGAACUUCUAAAACGGGACAUAGCAACAAUAAAAAUAAACUUCUCAAGGAUGACAGUAAAGGAAUCAAUAAUAAGGACGACUCUCAGCAGUAUAUGCCAUAUUCUUUAUCACCUUAUUGGUCAAAUGAGAACAUCAAACGUUCUUCACAGCUACGAUAUCAACAGCUGACACCAAAUACCGUACUGGAUGAUAAUGGUAAUUAUCCUGUUGAGAAUGACUUUAGAACGAUUAAAGAUUAUUUCAAUGAUGGAAAUGGAUUAAUUGAUAAUGACGUAAAAUACUUUGAAGACGAUAAUGGAUUAGAUUACGAUGUAAAUGGAUUCUUUAAUAAUAUUAAUGAUGACAAUAUCAAUGACUUCUACUUCUAUAUUAAUCAACUGCUAGGUAAAAAACCAAAUCAAAAAUCAAUUUAA